UGGAGGGAGCCGGGAUCAGCCAGGGGCCAGCAUGAGCCGGAGGGAGGGAAGUCUGGAAGCCCCCCAGGCUGACUCCUCAGUCUCACUCGUUCCCCACUUGGAGGCCAAGAUCCGUCAGACACACAGCCUUGCGCACCUCCUCACCAAAUAUGCCGAGCAGCUGCUCCAGGAAUAUGUGCAGCUCCAGGGAGACCCCUUCGGGCUGCCCGGCUUCUCCCCGCCGCGGCUGCCCGUAGCCGGCCUGAGCGCCCCGGCUCCGAGCCACGCGGGGCUGCCGGUGCACGAGCGGCUGCGGCUGGACGCGGCUGCGCUGGCCGCGCUGCCCCCGCUGCUGGACGGCGUGCGCCGCCGCCAGGCCGAGCUGAACCCGCGCGCGCCGCGCCUGUUGCGCCACCUGGAGGACGCGGCGCGCCAGGCCCGGGCCCUGGGAGCCGCGGUGGAGGCCGUGCUGGCCGCGCUGGGCGCAGCCAACCGCGGACCCCGGGCCGAGCCCCCCGCAGCCGCCGCCGCCGCCGCCGCCGCCUCCGGGGUCUUCCCCGCCAAGGUGUUGGGGCUCCGCGUGUGCGGCCUCUACCGCGAGUGGCUGAGCCGCACCGAGGGCGACCUGGGCCAGCUGCUACCCGGGGGCCCGGCCUAAGCGCGGCGGGGCAGCUCGCGCCGCCUCCUUGCUCCGGGCUCCGUCUCUCACUCCGCUUCUUUGUCUCUCUCUGCCGCUGUCGGCGUCCGUCUGUUCUCGCCUGUCUCCAUUGCUCGGCCUUCUUUGCUUUUUGUGGGGGGAGGGGAGGAGGGGAGGGGACGGGCAGGGUCUCAGUCUGUCGCCGAGGCUGGAGUGCAGUGGUGCGAUCCCAGCACUGCAGCCUCAACCUCCUGGGCUCAAGCCAUCCUCCCGCCUCAGCCUCCCCAGCAGCUGGGACUACAGACAGGCGACCACAGCCGGCUUUUUUAAGUUUUAUAGAACUGAGGUCUCGCCAUGUUGCCCAGGCUGGUCUUGAACUCUCGGGCUCAAGCGAUCCUCCCGCUCCACCCUCCCCAAGUGCUGGGAUUGCAGGCGUUAAGUCACCGCCACGGCCUCUUUAUGCUUUGCUUUCCCCAUUCUCUUAACUCUCCGUCUGGGUCUACCGUUUUAUCGCUCUCACUCCUUUCUCUGCAUCCUUGGGCCUACCUCCGUCUCCUUUGGCCUCCCCCUUUACGCAGCUCAGGGAGGUCUCUGCCCUUCUCCAUCCCCACCUCCUCUCUCCCUGUGGCUCCAUGUGAGUGCCUGUGAACAUCUCAGCCUCAUCUCAAGGAGGUGACACCUUGUCUCCUGUCCCCCGCUGGCCGUCUCUCUGUGCUUUCCUGGCCACCGGUGUGCCUGCUGGUCCUGUGGGGGGAAGGCUACUCCGCGUCUCAGCCGCCUUCCGCGGGCUCACUCCACCCAUAUCCUCAGUCUCCCACACCCCAUCCCUUUGGGCCUCAGCCCUGUCCCUUUGAUGUCCUCCCUUCCUUCAGCCCCUCUGCCCUAUUCCUACACACCUCCACGUUCUCCCACGAGAUCUGUGGAGACAAAACAAACAACACCUUAAAAGAGUUUUAUUUCUGGAAAAUAAAUUAAUUUUUUGUAAAUAAAAUGUUUAAAAAUAAAAAGGAAACUAAAGUUA